AUGGCCGCCCAGAUCCCAACCCCCGAGCAAACGGCGCCGCGCAAGUGGCCGCUCGAGUUCACCAUCCAGGCCGAAUGCAGCACCAGCAAGGCCCGAUACUCGCACAUGAAGUUGCCGCACUUCACGGCGCACACGCCCAUGUUCAUGCCCGUGGCCACGUCGGCGGUGAUGAAGGGACUGACGACGCAGCAGCUCCUGGAACUCGACUGCCAGGUGAUCCUGGGCAACACCUACCACCUGGAGCUGCAGCCCGGCAAGGAUCUCAUGAACGAGUACGGGGGCCUGCACGAGUUUAUGAAGUGGGAGCGCGGGCUCCUGACGGACUCUGGCGGCUUCCAGAUGGUGUCGCUCCUCAAGCUCUGCAACAUCAGCGAGGACGGCGUCAACUUCAUCUCGCCCUUUGAUGGCGUCACGCCGACGCUCCUGACGCCGGAACACUCGAUCCAGAUCCAAAAUGCGAUCGGCGCGGACAUCAUGAUGCAGCUGGACGAUGUCGUCUCGUCCCUGACGACGGGUCCGCGUGUCGAGGAAGCCAUGUGGAGAAGCAUCCGCUGGCUCGAUCGCUGCAUCGCUGCCCACGGCAAGAUCGAGUCGCAGAACCUGUUUCCGAUCAUCCAGGGCGGUCUGGACCCGCGGCUCCGCGAGAUUUGCGUCGAGGAGAUGGUCAAGCGAAACUGCCCUGGAUAUGCGAUUGGCGGUCUGUCCGGCGGCGAGUCUAAGGAUUCGUUCUGGAGAAUCGUCUCGCUCUGCACGGACUUGCUGCCGAAAGACAAGCCCCGGUACUGCAUGGGAGUCGGAUAUGCCGAGGAUCUCGUCGUGUGCUCGGCGCUUGGCGUGGACAUGUACGACUGCGUCUUCCCGACAAGAACAGCGCGGUUCGGCAACGCCCUGACGAGACGAGGCACCCUCAACCUCCGAACGGCCAAGUACUUUGCGGACGACUUUGGUCCCAUCGACCCGGAGUGCGAGUGCCCGACCUGCCGGAACUACAGCCGCAGCUACAUCAACCGACUGAUGGCGGGGCACGAAACGACGGCCUGCCACCUCAUCAGCAGCCACAACAUCUACUUCCAGAUGAAGCUCAUGACGGACAUUCGCAAGAGCAUCCAGAACGACCAGUUCCCCGAGUUUGUGCGGACGUUCAUGUGGAACUAUUACAAAAACCGACACACCGAGGGCGCCCGCAAGAUCGGAGGGACAGGAGGCCGAGGCCGAAACAGCGACGAUGAGGAGGAUACAAACCCCUCCGAUCCUGGCAAGAAACUCACCGACGAGGGAUAUCCCGUCUGGAUCGUGAAUGCGCUGAAGAGCGUCGAUAUCGAGCUGAUCUGA